AUGAAACUCUCUUUCUUGAGCCGGAAGGCAGACCCAAAAGAUCCCAAUCUUGUCCCAGUUGAUGUCGAAGAGGCCCUGAAAAUUGCCCCCGAGGCUCGAGAUUAUGCUGGAGCACAUGCGAAGUAUGAUCCGGCCGAGAUUGCCCUCGUGCGCCGGCUCGACUGGAUGAUCAUGCCCAUACUGUGGUUUAUGUACUGGCUCAAUUACUUGGACCGCAACGCCAUUGCCCUAGCUAGACUAAAUACGCUAGAAGAAGACCUCAACCUAACCUCGACAGAAUACCAAACAUGCGUCUCGAUCCUCUUUGUCGGGUACGUCAUCGUCGGUAUCCCCGCAAACAUGGUCGUGACGCGAGUCCGCCCGAGCCUGUGGAUGAGCUCCUGCAUGGCCGUCUGGGCCAUCAUCAGUGCCCUCACGGCAGUCAGUCAGAACUACACGGGCUUGCUUCUCACGCGGUUCUUCCUUGGCAUCACUGAAGCUCCAUAUUACCCGGGAGCUCUGUAUGUUCUCGCCACGUUCUACACACGGAAAGAGUUGGCGACGAGGAUAUCGAUUCUGUAUACUGGGAAUAUUCUAGCGACGGCUUUUGCCGGACUCAUUGCGCUUGGGAUCUUCCAGAUGCACGGCAUGGCCGGUAUCGCGGGCUGGAGAUGGCUCUUCAUCAUCCAGGGCGUUGUCACCCUCAUCAUCGCCAUAAUCGCGUUCUUCAUCCUCCCCGACGAACCGCUCACAACGCGAUGGCUCAGCCCCGAAGAGCGCAUCCUAGCCAACGAGCGGAUUCUCCGAGACACGGUCGGAAACACUGGCCAGACGACAACCUGGUCCGGUCUUCUGGAGGCUGCCAAAGACCCCAAGGUCUGGCUAUUCACAGUGAUGCAGCACUGCCACCUGGGUGCGAACGGGUUCAAAAACUUCUUCCCGACUGCGGUUGAGACCUUGGGCUUUGAUGAGACGGUUACGCUGGUCCUUACUUGCCCUCCGUACCUCAUUGCUGGAAUAAUAUCAAUUGCUUGGUCUUGGUCUUCUGGAAGGUUUAAUGAAAGAACAUGGCACAUUACCAUCGCAAAAGCGAUCGCAGUGUUCGGCUUCAUCCUCGGCUGCGCCACACUCAACACAGGUGCCAGAUAUUUCUCCAUGGUUGUCUUCUCGGUUGGCACGUAUGCGGUGAACUCCAUCAUCCUAGGCUGGGUCUCGGCGACUUGCUCUCAGACAAAAGAGAAAAAGGCGUCCUCCCUCGCCAUUGUCAACUGCAUCGCCGUCGCAUCCUUCAUCUGGACACCCUACAUGUGGCCCAAGUCCGACGAGCCUCGGUACGUCAUGGCGAUGUCUUCGAGCGCAGCGCUUAGUGUUGCGACUGCCAUGGGCGCGUGGGCGAUGCGGUUCUGGCUCAAGAGUGAGAACAAGAAGAUUCGGCAAUCAGAAGACGAGAGCGUUCUAUUCUAUGCCUACUGA